CACACACAGUUCGCGGUACCGCGCUGCCAUUAGUUGGCGACUGCUUCCGAUCAAUUGGUGGACGUUAUUAAUUGGUGUUCAAGGCGCCCGGCGAAAUGCUCGACCGACUGCAGCUGUUGCUCGUGGCCAGCGGUGUGCUGGUGGGGCUGCCGAGCUCGUACGCGUACUACAGUGGGCCGUUUCUAUUCUGGGGCCUCAGUGACCUGAAGGACCUGCAAACGCCAGCCCUGGCCGGGCUGGACGACACGGUUCUGCGGGACCUGUACUCGAACGCGGCCGCCGUGGUGGUGUUCCUGCGCAACGGAACGACCAAACUGUCCGAGGACAAUUUUCCCACCUUCAAGCGGAUCAUCGACAAGUACGAUUUUGUGUACAGCCCCCAGCAAAUGUUGAGCUCGAACCCGCUCGAUUACAACGUUAAUGCUGAGAUUAUCAACCUCGUCGGGGCACCGUCGCAGCAGGACGUAGAGUUGUCGGCCCUGUUUCGCGAUUCUACCGAAAACUACGGCGAGCACAAGGUGCUGGGCAUCCUGGCCAAUCAACUCGAGGAGCCACACAUGCUCCAGAAGCGUGAGGCAAAGGCGGGCGAUGACUAUCUGUCGACCAGCACCACACCCGGUAGCCCCACGGACGAGCCUGAGAUCGUGGACUCCAUUUACAACGUGCCGGGCAAGGCGAUCGUGUACAUCACCUCGCCCCCGGUUCUGAAGAUGCUGAACGAUUCCGACGAGGUCGAAACGACCCUCGUGCUGGACAAGCAUACGCUGGCCACGUACGAUGCGCGUGAGCGCGAAAGUAAGCUGAUUGUGACAUUUAAGGUGGACGAAGCCAGAAAGCUUACCCUGAAGUUCCGCUUCGAGAUGGAUGGUGGCUACUGGUACAUGUCGAAGGUGGACGUGUUCGCCAUGGACACGAAGAGCAAGGAAGGAUCCAAGGCUCUCGAUACCACCCUCGAGCUGGAGGGGAAGGCUCCGUAUGCUCCCCUCGGUGCCUCGUACUCCUGCGGCCGCCAGCUCGUGUUCCGUAACGGGACCACGGUCCUGACGCUCGAAAACAUUCAGGUGCAACCCGCACUGGAGGGCAAAACCAAGUUCAGCAGCGCUUGGGAUUGUAUCGGUUUCACCACGGCCCCGAUCCUGUCCGGUAUCUUCGUCACGUCGUUCAUGCUGAUCGGGCUGACCAUCGCGAUCGUGGCGAUCCUCAACAUCAAGCCGCCGAACCGGUUCGAGUCGCGCACCGGAAAGCAGCUGACAUUCACGGUGCAGGAGUAAGGCACCGGGCCGACCUCUGGACGGGUCCGGGUAGCUUCGCGGGUUCACCCCCUUUACGGUACCAACUUUCUGCCGGGAGGAAGAAUCGCCCGCCCGGAACCGGAAGAACCGGAGAGCCGUCGUUUGAAUGGACUGUCAAAGAAGUUUGCGAACCGGAAUCUGCAAUGCGACUUCUCACCCCUCGCAGGUUGAUCGGGGACAACGGCAGAAACCCGGUUUCGCCUGGUUGGUCUCCGAUUCGUUCCAGGUUAUAACCUCCAUAGCAGAUACAAACUUAACCUACCAUCAAUAAAGUGUCCAGCCUAGAUUUCCAUUCCGUUUGGCGUUUGGCGCAGUCUAGCCUUUAGCCUUAUUUCGCCCCUCAACUUAUCUGUAAAAAUGGCCGAACCGAGAUGGCUUCAAAUGUCACCUCCCGAUUACGGUUCGGCCUCGUUGAGUAACUUAGCGUUAAAAAAUAAAAACAAAAACAAAUCCCACUGGAAAAGCGACCACCAUAGUUGGGGGGGACCGUGACGUAGCCAGGACCAGCGAAACCGCGGAAGAGCGGAACAAUGUAAAUGUGUAUCCCAAACAGCUUGACGCGAGCAAUAAAUAUCUUCA